AAGUUUUAUUCAAAGUUUUGUACCGGACUUAAAGUUUAUUUUAUUCUAUCCAAAAAAUAAUCACAAAACAAAAUCAAAGAACCCGAAUCGAAUACCGCUCGGGUCUUAUUGACAUCAUUACUUUCUUCAAAUUUGGAAAUAUCUGUAGCAGCUUAACUCAAAGCUGUCUUUUUAGACGGAACAGAUAUCCAACCCAUGCGGUUAUAUUGAAACUGGUAUACUCACUUAACAAUCAUUGUUUAAGAGAUAGCAGGACUUUCUAGUACAUAUAUUUAAUUUAAAUAUUUCGCGAUAUGCUUUCGUAUAUUUACCGUAAGGCAAAUUGAAUGUAACUUUAUUAGUUCAAAGUCAAAAUUGAAAGUCAUAUGAAAUGUAAAAAAAAAAAAAAUAAAUAAAAAGAAAUGUUUUUCCUUAAACAUUGUGAAAUGUAUGUAAACUGUUGUAGAUAAUUUUGUUCAAAAACCUUAAGAUAAAUGUUUUCUGUAACCUUAAGUGAAACACUUGAGAAUUCGCAAAACUGGGCUUAUUGGAAAACAUUUUAUUGAAAUUGAGAUAAUUUUGAUAACAAUUAGAUAAGUGAUUGAGCGAGUGUGCGGGUUGCACGUUUGACCUUAUCUCCAAUGUAAGCUUAGCUGUUACUUUCACAGAUCAUUAUAUGUUUUUAAAUGUCAAAUCGUUACCGCAUUUGUUUUACGGCCUUCAUAGAUAUGCUUUCUAUUUGCUUGCAAGCCCGAUCCCUGCAAUUUUUUCAUGUUAUAAUAGAAAACUUUGUUGACCUCAAAUUGAACAUGAAAAGGAAAAAAACCGUAAGCAUAUUCGUUAAAUUUCAAGAUCAUUUUUUUUUUUUUGUGAUAAAUACGAGAUGAAACUUUAUAUAUUCAAUCAGUGUAUAUGGUUCAUGCGCGUACGCGUGUUUUGUUGUUCGUACGUGUGUUGUAAAGUAAACGUUGUAAUAUCGAUUAUUUCAAGUGUGUUUCAUAAUUAAAAAUUUAUUGCUUAACAUUUUGCACAUACAACGUGCGUUGUAUUUAAUGUCAAUUCCAUUAAUGUACAUGACGUUAAGUCACGAGUUUCAAUGAAUUGAUUUCUUUGGAAAGUCUUACUACAAUCGGCGUUUCUACAAUUAUUUUGUAAAAACGUAAAAUUAAAUUGUGAUAAUUUAAAAAAAAAAAUCAUUAUAAAAAGGUGUUUUCAGCCUACAACUUAUAUCAUCGAAACCAACAUAGAGGGGAAGACAUACGCAAAUGAUGUCUUCGACAAAGGGUUUACUAGUCACUUGUUUCCUUACAUUUACCUCAGCGAUACGAGUAGAUUGGAAUACGAACAAGGGUCCCAUAGUACCAGCAAUACCUACCACUACAGUACGACCACUGCCGCCAUACAGAGAACCAGCACCAGUAUGGCAAGAUCUAAGUGAUGAUAUCUCAAAUCCCAAUCCGUACAUCUAUGUGCCACCACCGCCUUCGCGUCCUAAACAAAGACUUUAUACAAAUGUCAAUAAUAAUAAUAAUAAUAAUAACAACAACAAUAAUAAUAACCAUAAUAAUAAUAAUAAUAAUAAUAAUAAAUAUGGUACACUUGUAACGCCCAAGAACGUUCAUCAAAAUGGCAUUACGACGACAUCAGUAGUGGCUAGUUUAUCACCUCAAUAUAUACCUAACGGCGGCACUCAAUACACGGCCGUUGUACCGAAAUCAUCGCACAACGGCUACAAAUGGCAAGGAAAAUAUAAUGCAAAAACGAAAAAGUUCAAGGCAUACGAAAAGGUCAAAUAUAUGCCGCGAUACUAUUACCCUCCUAUUCAGUUCAGUGUUCAAGAUUCUCUAGCCGAGUCUAGCGUUAAAAAAUCGAAAGCCUAUUUACCGGAAUAUGAGCCUCUUUGGGUAAAAGUUACUCAGCAACAUUUGCCGAGAAGUAACGAUGAUGCAUCAUAUAAAUCGAAAACGACUAACGUGAUCGAAUUACCUAUGUUGACAUCAUCUGCAGCAGAAGGAGCAGCAGCAGCAGCAGCAGCAACAGCAUAUGCUGGAAAUUUUUUGAAGAAGCCUAUCGAUGAAAGCACAUAUUGCAAAGGCGCUAUGCCGCAAAAAUAUAAUAAGAGUACCGAUAAAACUCUAUUAAAACCGGCAAAGAGUUAAAGAGAAGAGAAAGAAAGAAACCAAACCAUUUAGUUUUAUGUACCUCAUGCUACGUCCAGUUCUGAGUUCAAAAUACGAAUGAAUCAAUUUACCCCUAAGAAAUA